GACCUCAAACCACCCAGCGCCAGCAACGACGUGCCACGGCUCGCCACGCAUCUGUUGCGACCGACGACGUGCCCGACGCCGUCCCGCGGCCGCCAGGAAGAGGCCCGCGCAACCACUUCUGGGACCCGCGGCCGCCGGGCGUGUGGCGGCACAACGAGUCGAACGAACCGAACCAGCGCAGAGCGGCGCGUCUCACGAGCGCCCGCGGCCGCCACGCCGCCGCCGUCCGCGGCCGACGGUGGUCGCGAAUCAACGCGGCGCGGUGCACCGCUGCGCCUGUCCUUCCGCGCCGCUGGACGUCGGCCGAGAAGACCGCUUCCCUCUGGGGACCCGAUCUCUGUUCCCGGGCACGCCGGUCGCAGUGACAUGGGCUCCCAGGCUCAAAAGCGCUCAACAGCGAGCUGCUCCUCCUCCUGCCGCCGCUCCGCUCACCGAGACAACUCGGUGCCGCCGUUCUCGCCGCCGCCGCCGCCGCCGCCGCCUC